GUGAACAACUAAUACAAGAUGAUCUUUAUAAGUAACAACAUAUGAUCCACCUCUCCCCAUAGCUAUUUUUUCCAUCAUUCCACUCCAUUGUUGUACCAAAACAAUGUCAAAGAAAACAGUAGUGUCAGUGGAACUGUUAUGUUCGAAAUGCAAGAAGAAGGUAAUGAAGUUAAUUGCAGGAAUAGAAGGCAUAAAUUCUAUCGUACUUGACACUUCCAAAAGCACAGUGUCUGUAACUGGAGAUGCUGAUCCUUUUGAGAUAAUAAGAAAAGUGAGGAAAUUCAGAAAAACUGCACAGUUUGUCAGUAUAGGUCCUCAAAAGGAAGAGAAGAAGGAAGAGAAGAAGGAAGAGAAGAAAGAUACCUGUGCAACUUAUUGUGUUCCAAAGACAUGCCAAAAAUGUGAUGUGUGGUAUGUGGUAGGGGAAGAUCCUUAUAAUUACUGUUCUAUUCUAUAAAUUUUCUGAACUUCAGACCUGUGAUUCAUGGAUCAAGAAAGACUCACAGUACAUUAGUUCUGUUGUUUAUAAGUCUAUGAAAGAAGUAUGCUAAAUCCUAUUGGAAUGUGAA